UGAUAUAAUUUGGUUUCAAGCAGCCCAAAAAUUUAUUUGCAAAAUGGGUCGUCUUCUGCUCAGUUUUGCUUUGCUGUUUUGUGCUUUAUCUCCAAUAAACAGCGACUUUGUGAUCGAUGGAAUAAGAAACAUUCAGAAAAGAAGCACUGAAAAGCCAGUAGAUGAUAUAGAAGUCUACAGUAUAAUUAUCAGCAGUCAGGUGACAUCUCGCUUUGCCCAUAAUGUCAUCACAAGCAGAGCUGUUAAUCGAGCGAACGUGUCCAAAGAAGCCUUCUUUAAUGUGGAUCUGCCCAAAACAGCUUUCAUUACAAAUUUCAGCAUGAUAAUAGAUGGAGUCACAUAUCCAGGAGUAAUUAAGGAAAAGGAAGCUGCUAAGAAACAGUAUGAUAAAGCUGUAUCAAGGGGUCAAACAGCCGGACUAGUCAGGGCCUCUGGAAGGAAGACGGAGAAGUUCACUGUGUCUGUUAAUGUGGCUCCAGAAAGUAAAGUCACAUUUGAGUUGGUCUAUGAAGAAAUGCUGAAACGUCGCCUUGGAAAGUAUGAGAUGUUCAUCAAAGUUCAACCAAAAACUCUUAUAAGAAAAUAUGAGAUUGAAGUAGACAUACAUGAACCUCAAGGUAUCAGCUUUCUAGAUGCUCAAGCGACUUUUUUAACAAAUGACCUACUACCUACUAUACAAAAAUCCUUUUCUGGAGAAAAGGGCCAUGUCUCUUUUAAACCCACGAUAGAUCAACAGCGUUCAUGUGCUGACUGUGAUACCACGUUACUAGAUGGAGAUUUUACUGUGACCUAUGAUGUUAAUAGAGAAUCCCCUGGAAACAUACAGGUUGUCAAUGGAUAUUUUGUUCACUUUUUUGCCCCCCCUAAAUUGACUGGUGUACCAAAAAAUGUAGUUUAUGUUAUAGACAGAAGUGGAUCCAUGUCCGGUAGAAAAAUGGUGCAGACAAAAGAAGCCCUUCUCCAAAUUCUGAAUGACACGUCAGAACAUGAUCACUUUAAUUUCAUACUGUUCGACAAUAGAAUUUCUGUGUGGAAGGAUUCUUUGCUCAAAGCAACUCCAGAAAACCUAAAAGAAGCUCGAGAAUUUGUCAAGAACAUUAAUACUGGUGGCUGGACAAACAUUAAUGACCCUGUACUGGAGGCUGUCGAGUUAUUAAAUACAGCACACAAGAAUAAAACUGUUCCUGAAAGAAGUGUUUCCUUAAUUGUCCUCCUCACAGAUGGUCAAGCCAAUGGAGGUGAAACAAACCCUUCAAAAAUCCAGGAAAAUGCAAAGAAAGCCAUUCAGGGUAAAUACACCCUGUACAGUCUUGGUUUUGGCAGUGGAGUUGAUUAUGCUUUUCUGGAGAAGUUAGCACUGGAAAAUUCAGGAAUCGCCCGUCGCAUAUAUGAAGACUCGGAUGCAGACUUGCAGUUGCAGGGAUUUUAUAAUGAAAUUGCAAAUCCAACAUUGAUUGACAUAGAAAUGCAAUAUCCUGAGAAUGCUAUCGCUGACCUCACUCAGAACAACUUCAAGCAUUACUUUGAAGGGAGUGAAAUUGUGGUCGCCGGACGUGUAACAGAUAAUGACUUGAAUUCAUUUACUGUGGAUGUAAAGGCAAAGGGGGCGGAUGAAUCUAAGAAAUACACAGAAAAUGCUCACGUUCAAAGCGAGGAUGAUGUGAGCAAACAACAGAAAUACAUCUUUGGUGACUUUACGGAGAGACUCUGGGCAUAUCUAACCAUACAGCAGUUAUUGGAAAAACGGCUUUAUGCAGACCCAUCAGAGAAAGCAAACCUAACAGCGCAAGCGCUUGAUCUGUCCUUGAAGUUCAAGUUUGUCACUCCUUUAACAUCAAUGGUGGUUACAAAACCAGAGGAAAAAGACAAGGAAGAAGAAACAUUAAUUGCUGAUAAAUUUGUGGACGGACAAACAUCAUCUUCGCAUGUUUCACAAAGUCAGAGACAAACAUCAUCUUUGUAUGGUUCACAAAGUCAGACGCAAAUCGUUUCAUAUAAGACAGCACGAUUAAUUGCACAUAGUCCUCCAGCUUUUGUGGAUUCUGACCCUCAUUUUGUGAUAAAUGUUCCACAAAAGAAUGACGUACUGUGCUUCAAUAUUCAGGAGAAGCCGGGUGUGAUCCUGAAACUUAUUGAGGAUAGACAACUAGGUAUUGCAGUCAAUGGGGAACUUAUUGGAAACAAGAAAAUCAAUAAUGUCAUAUCAAAUGAAACCUAUUUUGGAAGAUUUGGGAUCGUAAACAGAGAGAUGAAGAUAGAAAUUGAGGUGACCACUGACAAAAUCAUAGUCCUGAACCAUAAAAACAAGAAAACGUUCUCGUGGCAGAAAACAGGCUCUAUAAGCAAGGAAGGGUUUAAUCUGGUGGUGAACAAAAGAAGUAAUGUGACCUUGUCAUUUGGAGAAGGAGCAACAUUUGUUAUAAUUCUGCAUGAAGUUUGGAAAGGUCACCCUCUCCACAGGGAUUUCUUAGGGUUUUAUACAUUGGAUGAUCAUACAUUUUCUAAAGGAGUCCAUGGACUGCUAGGACAAUUUUUUCAUGGAAUCAAUUAUGAAAUUUCUAAUAUUCACGAAACUGAAAAUCCUGAGAAACCGGAUGCAACAAUGAAAGUGAAGAACAAGCUGCUGACAGUGACCAGGGGUGUACAAAGAGACUACCGAAAAGAUCACAAGAAUGGCAUUAAAAUUCCCUGCUGGUUUGUGCAUUUCAAUGGAGAAGGUCUGAUUGAUGGAACCCAUACCGAUUAUAUUGUACCUGACAUUUUCAGUAUUGCUUAUUAGAAGUGAUUACUGUAGAGAUUCAAUAUGUAGAAUUGUGUUAAUUUGAGAUAUAGUGAUAUUAUGUCAGGAGAAGCUUUGGAAACCAUUUGGAAUAAAUCAAACAUUAUUGUAGGUGUCUGUCCUGGUGAAAUGUUCCCUUUAAAAGCUACGGACACCUUCAGGAAAAUAUUUUAUGAUUCCAUUUUACUCAUUUUGGGUUAAAAUCAUGUUUUCAAUUGGUCUGUAUUAAAAAUUGUAAGUAGUUUUUGUGAUACCUGUGGUUAAAAAUCAGUUUAUAUGCUGACUAUUCCUCCUGAGUUCCAUCAGCUGACUGUUCAUGUAGAGUUCUUAUCUCUGAUCUCAGAAACACUCAGUAUUAAAGAUUUGAAAGAACCCUUUAA